GCCCUCUCCUCUCGCCCGCCAGCCACAAUCCCCGCCUCCAUCGCCAGCCGCCGCGAAAGGCAACGCGCGCGCCUCGGCGGAGUUGCGGAUCGCGUCCUCUCGCGGCGGGCGCCUGCUUGGAUCCGAAUCUGCUCCUUGCUCGCUGCUGCUGCUCCGCACACGGGCUUAUUUAGAAAGCGGGUCUCCCCAUUGCCUUUCCUAAAGGCUAAAGCCCUAAAAAACACACAAGCAGAGGGUGUGCGGUGGUGGUGAGGGAGGUUGCUUGCUUUUCAAAUGCAGUAACCCGGUGGCUUUAAUACGGUACCCGGGGUGUUUGGAGGAGAUCUUGCGGAAAGGUCUAGGCAGGAGGGACCCCAGGUAUUUUCCAACCGGGGUCGCAACAGUAAAGACAUCUCUCUCCUCCCCCUUCCAUCUCUUCCCUUUCCCUGCUUCCCUCGACCUCGUAUUGGCAGCAAAGUUUGAAAGCAACCUGCAGCCGGCCCCGCCUGGGAACUUUCAGUUUAACCGGUCCAUGGCUGAAUGUUCAAGGUGCCUUUGAUGUUUGUGUUCGAGCGCGUGUGCGAGUGGAGAGAGCGAGAGAGAGCUGUUUCUGGGAGAACGGACUCUUGCUUGCUUUCUACCCCCCCCCCCCCCACCACGGCUACCCACCACCUUCUUCCCACCAGCCCACACGCGCGAUUUGCUUAAGAGGAACGGCGCGGGGUGGGGGAGUGUUGAAAUUAGCAAAAAGUGGUAAAUUGAUUAAGAUCCGUUUCCUCCUGCGCGAGAGAGCGCGAGAGAGCGAUUGCAAAGAGGAGCACGGGAGGGGGAAGAGCUAGAGCGAGAACCGAUCGCAGGCAGCCCAGCCCCUGUAGAGCACAGGAGCUUGCAAAGGAGGGGUGGGAAGUGAGCAUUGCUGCUGGUAGCGGCUCAGUUAGCUGCCGUUUGCAACGGUGAAGAAUUGAUCUAGCCACUAGCGGGGUGCUGGGUGUUAGGCGGGGUGUUCCUGCGGCUCCUCGGCGACGUGCAAAGCGCUCUCCUUGAUUGCAUUUGACUUGCAAUGCCGGCAAACCGUGCACAGGAUGAAAUCAGGUCACUCUUCUAGAAUGCCAGAGGAAAGUUCUCCAAGGAAGACUCCCCAGAAUGUCCCAUAUCGGGACCUUCCUCAUUUGGUCAACGCUGAUGGGCAGUACCUUUUCUGCAGAUACUGGAAGCCAUCCACCCCACCAAGGGGCCUGGUGUUCGUUGCUCAUGGUGCUGGAGAACACUGCUGUCGCUAUGAUGACUUGGCCCAGAUGUUGACGGGAAUCAACUUUUUUGUAUUUGCCCAUGACCAUGUUGGCCAUGGGCAGAGUGAAGGAGACCGUAUGGUUGUGUCAGACUUCCAUGUGUUUGUCAGAGACAGCUUGCAGCACAUUGACCUCAUGAAGAAAGACCACCCAGGCCUCCCUGUGUUCCUUCUAGGGCACUCCAUGGGAGGAGCCAUCUCCAUCCUCACUGCGUGCGAAAGACCAAAUGACUUUUCAGGCAUGGUAUUAAUUUCUCCUCUGGUAGUUGCAAACCCAGAUGUAGCAACACCGAUCAAGGUUUUUGCAGCUAAAAUACUUAACUUAGUUCUGCCAAACCUGUCCCUGGGAUCUAUCGACCCAAACGUGGUUUCCCGGAAUAAAAAAGAGGUUGACUCUUACACCACAGACCCGCUAGUUUACCAUGGCGGAAUGAAAGUCUCCUUCGUCAUCCAGUUGCUGAAUGCCAUUGCCAAAAUAGAGCGUUCACUCCCCAAACUGACUCUUCCCCUGCUGGUGCUCCAUGGUUCACCUGACAAACUCUGCGAUAUCAAAGGCUCUUAUUUGCUGAUGGAUACGGCACCAAGCCAGGAUAAAACUCUCAAGGUGUAUGACGAGGCUUAUCAUGCCCUCCACAAAGAGCUUCCUGACGUGACUGCAUCUGUCCUUAAGGAAAUACAAUCGUGGAUUAGUCAGAAACUCUCAGCAGCAGCAGAAGCCCGUCGCUCUUAAAGAAAAGCUGGCUUGAGACCUUCUUAAAUGGUUGUUGGGCUAUUCCGGGAAGAUAUUUUUUCCUUUUCUGUUUUUUACAACCUCUUUUCCGGGGGCAAAAAUGUUUCUCUUAAAGGGACUCCUGAAAUACGCUAUUUUCAAACAGACAUUUCCUGUGGCGUUGUGGGGAGGGGGGUUGCCACGCAGCGGUUUGAAGGGCGCUUUCUUCCCAGCAGAAAGAGCUACGGGAAUGUUGUAUCAGUACAGACUUCCCAGCUGGGGGUGCUGCUUUAAGGGACUUCCUUGAAUCCCCCCUCAAAGCCCACAACACGCUCUAAACAUGUUCUUUGUUGUCCAGGGAGUUCCUGAGGUGCUGAGGUAUUUUUUUCCAUUUUUUAAAUAUUGCAAUAAUCUUCAGAACGUUUUAAAAAAUAAUUGGCAUCUUCCAUGUCAUUCAGUUUCUACUCUUGCCAGGUGAUCAUUCCUCCCUCCUCUACUUCCAAGGAUACAAAACAGAUCCAAAGGGAAACGUCUUUGUCAGAUGGAGAUGGAGCUAGGAAGGAAGUUAGGCUGCUGGCGGAGUCUCUUCCUGUGUGAAUUCAGGCCAUGACAGUGUUUAGAUUUAGGGUCAGGCCAGGCCGAAAGGGCCUCUCAGCCCUCAGGGCUUUGAGAACAAGGAGGAGUCCAGCAGGCCACAGGAACAGUGCAAACAGCACUUGAGAUGUAGCGCCGUUUAAUGAUCAGCCCCAGAAAUGACGCCACUGAGGAACAGGACUAACAUAGAAGUCUACAAGCCUUAAGGCAUAGACUCUUAAGCACGCAAAAGAGAUGCUGAUGUUGUUACUUCUGCUUCCAGAAACCAAAUCCUUCUUCUGUGCAAGAACUGUAAUCUGUAAAUACACGUAGGGGCUGCUUUUCUUGUUAUUUGUGUUAACUGAUAACUUAAAAUGUAAAGUCAAAAGUUAUAUUUAAAAAUAUAUAUUAAAUAUAAUAUAUAAUGUCUCUAAAGGUCGUUCAGAGGUUUCUAGAGGAGGAGGAGGAAGAGGAGGAGGAACAGAGUAUAGAAUGAAGGCAGGGGGUGUCGCUUCUGCAACGUGUGUCCCUUUAAGGGAUUUCCAGGCAGCACAAGUUUAACUCUGCCAUGUUGCAAUAUGAAUGCAAUUGCCACUUGAAAACCAGGUGGUAGCUACCCGUUGCUUUUCCACAGUUCUCACACUCCUUUUAAUUAGGAUGAACCAGACAGAAACAGCUUGCCUUUGGGGUAGGGUAGUGUUUUCUCCCCAUUCUUUUAUUCUAUCCAUGUUUGGAAGGAAAUAAGGGGAAGGAGUGAGAGAAAGAAGCCAAAGUAAUGGACGAGUCGGGGACAGGAGGUGAUUGUAAAAGUUACUGGAUUCUCAGAGUCCAUGGUAUGUGGGGGCCCUGGAAGCUUGACUAGCAGAGUAGUAGGGCUAACAUGUUUUUGGCAAUACUUAUUUGAGGAGGGGGAAAUGGGCAGCGCUAAGAAUUGAAAAGAGCCACCCGUUGAGUGAAAGUGCUUGUUGCAUAUGAGGAAGAUUGGGAUCUGUGUGGAGGGGUGAGGAAAUGGGUAAAAUGGGCUGUUUAUGGUACGCAUCUCUGAGGGAGGGGAUUUGAGAGCAAAACAGUUAUGUGGAAUCUCUUAAUUGCAACAAUUUUGGGGUAUUAGCUUUCACUGGGACUAGCUGCUUGGCCAGCUGCACCAGGAAAAUAUGAAGGAGCAGCCCAUGGCUAGUCAAAAACAUGCCACCUAGCUAUCAAACAGUGCUUUCAGGCAGCCCAAAAUUGCCAUGUUUGUUGAAAGGCUGUGUAAAAGUGCCCCCCCUCCACCCUGACUAGUGUGAGGAUUAUGAGGGGCCUGCCAACUUUGCUUUGCAGCAAAAUUCUUCUAUUUAUUACUAUUCCCCCCUCUAGAAUAACCCGUUAGCACUGUUGAGCUAGUCUCCUGUUAAAGUGACUUGGAAAGAGAAUCAGUUUUAAAAGUUUUCCAUUGGGUGCCUACCAUGAUCUUUCUACAAGAGUGCCAGUCCUGCUUUUACCAUGCAUUUCUGCUGUAGAGGGGCAUGGAGAGUGGAUAGGACUUUAUAUAAUAGAUACCCAGCAGGAGUUUGAACUCUCUUCACCUGCUGGUCUUUCAGCUUUGCACUGGGGGCGAACAACACAGCAUUCCCCACUGUUGAGAUUUUUCAGCUGGACCAGUAGUCUGUACUGUAUUGCAAAACCACCCAGAUUAUGACAGUUUCACUUCCCACCUCCAAAGCCAGUUCCUUUUGGGAACUGUGAAAGAGAACUUUGUGUAAUAACAAACAGCCCCCGAAUCUAACUUUAAUUAGCUCUGAUCUGUUCUCUAAUAAGGGUGUGAGUGGCAGAAGCUUAACACAUCAUAAGACCUCAGCAAGAGAAAGCACUGUAGGAGUAAUAGUCGCCUGGUUUGCACAGACUCUUGCAACUCCUAGCAGUUCAUCCAGAUAAAAAAGCCGCCUUUUGUUAUAGAAUCAGGGUGCUUAAAACUUCCUUUGGCAGGCCCCGGAUUAAUGAUUGGUUGCAGAUAUUUCACAUCACAGAGGACUAGCCCUACCAUAAGAGCUCAGCUCACUGAACCAGUGCAGCUGGAGUUGUGGCCUGUGGGUUACUAAAAUGGAGACUGGGCUAUGGGAGAACAGCAUGCUUGCCGUUGCAUAUGGGUGGUGGGAGUUAUUUCAGCAGCAAAAGCCCAGUGAAUUAGAUACACCAUUGUUCUUCUAGCUUCAUAAUAGGCUUCUUUCCCCAUUCCACGAGCUGAGGGAACAGGCAAUAUUGCAAGGGUGGUGACUAGCUAAGGUGAAUGCCCUUGCAUUUAUAAACCUUAA